AUGACUGCCCAGGCCGCCUUGAACGAGGUCAAGGAAGAGGCCAAGUCGCUCUCGUCGACGAUCCUCGCCUCGCCUGCCCUCGUGGCCCUGUCCACGCUCGUCUGCGGCGGCGCCUCGUACGGAAUCUACUGGCGCUACCUCCGCCGGAUCCCCACGGCGGCCCACCUGACGCCCACGACGCUGCGCUGGCGCCGCACGCUCGUUGGCCGAUGCACAAGCGUCGGUGACGCCGACGGCUUCCGGCUCUACCACACGCCUGGGCCCGUGCUCCUCCGCGACAUCCUCUACCCGGUCCCUUCAUCGUCCAAAGCCACGCGCAAGGGCAGGCAGCUGCACAGCGACGAGACAAUCAGCAUCCGUCUCGCCGGCGCCGACGCACCCGAGGCAGCGCACUUUGGCAAUGUCGCCCAGCCCUUUUCCAAGGAGGCCCACGACGAGCUCCGGCGCCUCGUGCUGGGCCGCACCGUGUGGUGCGAGGUGGCGCAUGUAGACCAGUACGGCCGCCUGGUCGCGACGCCCUAUGUGCUGCGUUGGCCCUAUGUCCUGGGCCGCACAAACGUGAGCCUGUACCUCGUCAAAAAGGGCCUCGCCAGCGUCUACAGCCAGGCCGGCGCUGCGUACGGCACCGCGGGCCCGCUCGCCAAGCUCGUGCGCAGGCUCGCGCGGCUCCGGCGGGCCCAGGAAAGAGCCAAGCGAAAGCGGCUCGGGAUGUGGAGCCAGAAACACGUAGAGACGCCUGAGGAGUACAAAAAGAGAACCCGAGAGGCAAGGCAGCAGCAGUAA